AUGGAAUCACAAACAUAUAGCUCGUCAGCUCGAGCCGACGUCAAACCUGCAUCCCCUAACUUCACCGACCCGAACUUCGACCCAGCCGACUUCCUCAAUGACACUCUAUCGCCGCUGACUGUGGCAUCGGCACAACCCAAUGCCUCUCGGUCGCCAGGCUCUGUGCCCCUGGCAGAGCUGUCUACGCAGGUCCAGUCCCUCCUCUCCCAAAUCAGCGCCCAAAACAUCCGUCUCUCGAGUACAUUAUCCCAACUCACGGACGAAAUCCUCCGAAGCGGUGGACGACUAGCCUACGAAGUCGAAGUCCUACGAGGCGAGACAAUCGGACUAUCAGAGACCCUAACCGAAGUCCUACGCGACGACAUAUCAAAGUUCGUCCCGGAACCCUCACCAGAAGACGGGCACAAGACCGAAGCAGGAGAGGAUGCGCCAAAGGAAGACGAAUCAGCAACAAACCCAGACGAAAAGAACACACCCGCCCCGACAGACCCAGAAUAUAUAACGAACCUCCGCACACUAUGCCAAGUGCGCUCACGGCUCGAAGACGUCGUGCAGACCUUUGGCGACGCAAUGAGCUGGCCGCUGCCCCCAUCCGAGCUCUCAUUCUCAUCAUCCUUCAUUUCCGUCUCAGGACCAGACCUCGGCCCGGAAGGCCAAGACCGCGAAGAAAAAGGCCAAGAAAUGAUGAAGAAGCUACGCACAGAAGUGACGGAGCUACUCGACAGCGAGGGUGGAGGAUACGCCGGACUGGACGCCGCCAACCGCCGUGUUGAAGCUCUACGGACGCUGGCGACUGUAUGGAAUACAUCUGCCGAGGAAAAAGCUCGUAAUCGGUUCGUGGAUAGCCUGGCGAAUAUUGUUGAAGAUCGACGGCGCACCUUGGACCAGCAGGAUCAGAACCGAGGACAAUCGAAGUCCAGGUUUGAGUCUCGGCGGGAUAGCGACAGUGGGGCACCGGCCGGUGGACUGUUCCGGAAUUUGCAGCGUCUGAGAGAGGAAAUUUACUUGGAAUGA